AUGCCUAUCAAGUGGACGCCAGUCAUUGAUCAGAUCCUCCUCCUCAAGAUCCUCGAAACCUCCCAAGUCAACGUCAACCCUGUAGCAAUCUCCGCAGUAUGGCCUGAGGGUUUCGAAAAGCCCACCCCCCGCGCCAUUAGCGAACGCUUGGUCAAGAUCCGCCAAACUUCCAAAGACAACGGCGCCGCUUCCCACUUCAGUGUCUCGAAGGCAAAGUCCGGUGCCGGUCCAGCUGGGACACCACGCAAGCGCGCUACCGCUGGUACCAAUGCGGCGGUCAAAAAGGCUACUGCACCAGCUCAGGUUCGCCAAGGAGGAAAAUUCUCUGCCCGUGGUAACGGCGGUGCCGGUGAGAAGCGCAAGCGUGGGAAUCGGGGCAGGAGCGAGGACGAUGCUACCGACGACUCCGAGGACGAUGACCUCAAAGCCGACGAGUCUGACACCGAAGACGAGGACGAACCGCCCAGCAAGAAAGCUAAGAAUGGGCAGGGUAAAUUCAUCGUCAAACUUGAGGAGAGCGAGGGCGGAUUCUGUGACAGCGGGUAUGAGAAUGCGAAUGAGGAUGCUUUUGUGGGCACUGAGGAGGAGGUCUUUGCCUAG